UCAAAACGCAUUUUGAGGUAUAUUACAAAAUCGAUGCCUUGGACUUUCAAAUGCGACUUCCGAAAUGCCUUCAAUAAUUAAAAGUAAAGCGUCCGCAGCUUGUCCAGCGGCUGGAAGGAAAAGUGGAAUUUGCCUCUCCGGUUCACAUCUGAAUUUGACUCAAAGACCUGGAAACACUAUGUUAAGAUCAACGUCGCCUGUAAAAUCCUCAACAACAGUAGUUCCCCUUCAAAUCAACAAAAGACCAAGACCAAAAUCUGCUGUGCCGACCAUGCGUCAAAAGUCACCAAACAAUAUGCAGAAAAGCCGACCUCUCUCUGCAAAUGUUCCCGUCAUAUUCUCAAAAAUAGAUGAAUUAUCAGAAGCAGUUGACUCAAAUUCUUCAAGUCCUACUUAUCUUGCAUCAGAUGAAAUUAGUCUCUGGAUGAGCGAAGAGAUGUCAAGAGCGGAGAACAAAUCUGCGGAGUCAAUGGCCAGCACUUCUAAAAUAAUUUCUCCUUUUUCUGACUCAACAAGCAGUCCUGCUGAAACUGAAAAAUCAACACCAAAGCACUUGCGUUUUGCAGACGAAGGUUACGAAGAUGAUUUCAUUAAUUCUGUCGUUGAGCAGCUGAAAGAGCAGGUCAAAUAUGAGAUGGAUGAUGUUUCGGGAGCAGUGCGAAGAGUAAAAGUAACUUCAUCAAGGAAAAAGAGGCCAAAAUCCUUGAUUGAAUUAAUGGAAAUUAUUGACGGAGAGAUUCCUAUUGAGUUGAAAAAGAGCUCUCUUCCUUUAAAAACACACAAAAAAACAUCUAUCUCUGUUUCUGAUUCAAGCAGUGGCAUGAAUUCAAAACUUGCAGAAAAUACUAUGAAAAUGAGUGAAGCUACUAGGGAGAAAACAUUAGAAACAACCAAAACAACAGUUAAGGAAAAAGAGGCAUUUUUGGAUAAUUUUAAUAGUAUCACAGUCAUCAAGGAAAGUGCAGAAGAUAUUGAGCCUCAAACCACAAAAGAAACGCAACAAAAGUCUGCAAGGGACUGCCUGAAAAGCAUUUUCAACUUUUUGGACGAAGCAGAAAGAAGUGAAACACAACUGGUGCAUAAAAUAACGCCGUUUCCUGCGCCAGAGAGUGAAUUAGCAUCCAAUAAUAUGAAAGGAAGCAAGCAAAUUGAAAUUUUAAAGGAGGCGCUGGAGGAAAAAGCUGCACACGUACAGCUUUUAAAAGAGAGCUUACUACAGGCCAGAGUUGAAUCAGCCGACGCUUUGGCUGCUGCUGACAAAGAGCAUCGAGUUAUGGCCAGAAAACAAAAACUAGACUACGAGGCAGCGCUGAAAAAACUUCAAGACGGAAUGGAAAAACUUCUGUCCGACAAGAAAUCUUUAGUAGAAAAAGUUGAAGAAUUGGUGCAAAAAUUGCGAGAGGCUGAGAACAAGCACUUAGGCGCAAUUCAGGCCCUUCAACAAAGGCAGACGGUUGAAAUAGCUAGGACAAAGCAAAUUGCUGCUGCUGCUGAAAAAGUGCGACGAGAGAAAUGGGUGGAAAGGCAAACAGCGCGUAUAAAGGAGUUAACAGUAAAAGGGCUUGAGCCUGAGCUGACGCGAUUGAAUUUGCAACAUGAAAAUAAAGUAGCACAAAUUCAGGCGAAUCACUCCAGAGAAUUACAGUCUCAGAUUGAAGCUGAGGCGAGAAGAGUGGAAGAAUUGAGGAGUUUGAUGUUGAAGGAGAAAGACGAGGAAUUGGCCAGGGAGAGAACUUUGGUAUCGGAGCGCUAUGAGAGACAGUUGGCAGAAGAGAGGGCUAUGAUGGAAAUACGAAGUGAGAGGAUCAAGGAGGAAGCAAAUUCGGAGGCUGCUAGAAUGCAGGCUCACUGGAAUUCGCAGAAAGAAACACUAAUAGCUCAGGCGUGGCAAGAAGCGCAAAGGGUGCAGGCGCUGCACGACCAACAAAUUUUACUUCUUGAAGAAAAGAAACAAGCUGAAAUAGCAGCAGCUAAAGAAGAGUUGCGAGAGGAGCAGGCGACAUGGUUAACAGCGCAAAACCGUAAAAAUGCAGAGCUUUUGGCAGCCAAGCAACAAGAGUUGAAAGAUCAGAGAGACCAGGAAAUCGAAAAGGCUAUCGAAAGAUUGGAAGCUGAGGAAAGACGCAGCAAGAGUGAACAUCAAAAGGAAACAGAAAAGAAAAUUCAACGUUUAAAGGAUCAGCACAAAUCAAUUUUGGCUGACAGGGACCUGAAUGAGAAAUUGCUUCAGUCACGAUUGAGUGAGGCACAAAAAGGUUUAGAAGAUUCCGAAAAGCAACUGUUGGUGGCAAAAUCUAAUGAAAGUCGGCUGAGGCAGGAGCUAUGCAUAAGUGAGCAACGAGUUCAGGCACUUGAAGUAGAGCAUCAUCGCAUAAGAGAAACAGUUGAAAAGCAGUAUGCUAAACAGAUAUCAGAUUUGGAGCAAAAAGUUGAGCAGACCAAAGCCGAUCGUGAGGCUGAAUUGGAACAAGUCCACGCUAGGCUUAAGGGCGUGCUGGAGAAAAAAGAUCAGCAUAUUGAACAACUUAAGGUUCAAGAGGGGGAGCUGACAAAACGAUGUAAACACCUAGAGUCUCUUCUGGGUCGCUGAGUUGUCUUUAAAU